AUGUGGCACGGCGCGCGAGUGCUCCUACUCGCGGCGCUGGGGCUACUGGCCGGGCCUUCGGUCGCCGCACCCGCUAAGAAGUACAACAUUACAAUCGGCUAUCUGCCCUCCAUUAAAGGCGAGCACAGAGACAGGCAGGGUCUCGCCAUCUCCGGGGCCCUUUCUAUGGCCCUCAAGGAGAUCAACGAUGGCGUGGAGCUGCUACCCGAUGUCCGUCUUCUGCUGGAGUGGAACGACACGCGUUGCGACACGGUGACGGCCACGCGCCUGCUCACCGACAUGAGCUGCUCGGGCGUCGUCGCCUUCUUCGGGCCCGAGGGCCGCUGCCACACGGAAGCCAUCAUCGCGCAGUCCCGCAACCUGCCCAUGAUAUCCUAUAAAUGUUCAGAUUACCAAACUUCGACGUUGUCGAAUUUCGCGAGAUUGGAACCGCCAGACACGCAGGCGACGAAAUCUGUUAUAUCACUGCUCCGGUACUAUAGAUGGAACAAGUUUUCGAUCGUGUACGAGGAGUCAUGGGUGACGGUGGCGCUGACGCUGGAGAACCACGCCAAGAAGAUCAACAUGACGGUGAAUCACCAGCGGCCCGUCAUCGACGGCUUCAAGUGCUGCGAGGAAAAGAUGACCUGUUGUGCGCCCGGCUUCUGGUACCAGUUCAUACAGGACACCAAGAACAAGACUCGCAUAUAUGUCUUCUUGGGUUCACCAACUGGCUUAAUAGAUAUGAUGACGGCAAUGGAAUCGUUGCAAUUGUUCGUGAAGGGAGAGUAUAUGGUCAUAUUCGUCGAUAUGAUGACUUACUCGCCCAAGGAUUCUUUGAAAUAUUUAAUAAAGACGGAGGACCGCGCGUCGAAGCUGGUGUGCCCCAACUCCGCGGAGUUCCGGCGCCGCGCGCAGUCGCUGCUGGUGGUGGUGUCGUCGGAGCCCGAGGGCAGCUACGAGUACUUCACCAGCCGCGUGCGCGACUACAACAGCAUGCCGCCCUUCGAGUUCCCGCUGCCCACCAUCUUCGAGAAGAAGUUCAACAAGUUUGUUUCUAUAUAUGCUGCGUAUUUGUACGACUCUGUGCGAUUAUACGCGACGGCCCUGCACAAACUUAUAGACGAAGAAACGAGAUUGAAAAAUGAAACCUUAACAUAUCAAAAGUUAAUGAGCAUCGCCACCAAUGGGUCUUUAAUUGUUUCCAAAAUGAUUCGCAUAACUCCAUUUCGCAGUGUGUCCGGGAUGUCGAUCCGUUUGGACGAGCGAGCGGACUCCGAGGGUAACUUCUCAGUGCUCGCCUUCAAAUCGGCCAACUUCACUGAGGUCGGCAUCAACUGCACUCAUGGCAUGAUUCCUGUCGGACACUUUCAACAGAGCAGUCGAGAAUUUCCUGAAUACAAGUUAAACCCGCGGUUGCCAAUCGACUGGCCAGACAACGUCAAACCCGAGGAUGAACCUUCUUGCGGUUUCCUCAAUGAAAAAUGUCCCAAGGACGACUCGCAAAUCACAUCGCUGGUCGUGGCCGGGACGUUAGCUGUUACUUUAUUCUGUGCACUUGUUGUUACUAUAAGCAUUUAUCGAAAGUGGAAAAUUGAACAAGAGAUAGAGGGACUGUUAUGGAAAAUAGAUCCUCAUGAGAUAGGCGGGUUUUUAAACAGCGGUCUUGUCUGGUCGCCAAGUAAGUUAAGUUUAGCUAGUGGCAUAUCGUGUGAGAGCAGAUGUUGCACACAGAUAUUUACUACAACAGCUCACUACAAGGGCAAUGUAGUCAGGAUAAAGGAGUUAAAAUUUUCAAAAAAGAAAGACAUCACGCGCGACGUGAUGAAGGAGAUGCGGCUGCUGCGCGAGCUGCGCCACGACAACCUCAACUCGUUCAUCGGCGCCGUGGUGGAGCCGCUGCGCGUGCUGCUGCUCACCGACUACUGCGCCAAGGGGAGCUUGUAUGAUAUAAUUGAGAAUGAAGAUAUAAAGCUCGAUAAGAUGUUUAUAUCCUCAUUGGUACAUGAUCUUAUUAAGGGUAUGAUUUUUAUUCAUUCGUCGCCAUUAAUCUUCCACGGAAAUCUUAAAUCUUCGAAUUGCGUAGUCACGUCGAGGUGGAUGCUACAGGUAACUGAUUUCGGUCUGCAUGAGUUAAGAUAUUGUGCUGAAAAUGAUUUUAUUGGAGAGCAUCAAUAUUAUAGAGGUUUAUUGUGGAAAUCACCAGAGCUACUGAGACAAUUAGACGAUCCGAAUGGAACUGUCGGGGGAACGCAGAAAGGCGACGUGUACGCUUUCGGCAUUAUUCUUUACGAAAUUAUCGCUAGACGAGGACCCUUCGGUACUACUUCUCUGGAACCUAAGGACAUAGUGGAGCGCGUGAAGCGCGCGCGGCGCGAGGGCGAGGAGCCGUUCCGGCCGGACACGCGCGCGCUGCAGGCCGACGACUACCUGCUGGCCUGCAUGCGCGACUGCUGGGCCGACGACCCCGCCGCGCGCCCCGACUUCCCCACGCUGCGCACGAGGCUCAAGAAGCUCAAGUCUGGCAAAUCUCGAAAUAUUAUGGACCAGAUGAUGGACAUGAUGGAGAAGUACGCUAAUAAUUUAGAAGAGCUAGUCAACGAGAGAACGAGGCUGCUGAUAGAAGAGAAGCAGAAGACUGAAGACUUGCUUCACAGAAUGCUACCAAAGUCAGUCGCCCGCCGCCUUACGACGGGCGAGGGAGUGGAGCCCGAGUCGUUCGACUCCGUCACGAUAUACUUCAGCGACAUCGUCGGCUUCACCGCCAUGUCCGCCGAGAGCACGCCGCUGCAGGUGGUCAACUUCCUCAAUGACCUAUACACCGUGUUUGACAGAAUCAUUCGAGGCUACGAUGUUUACAAAGUUGAAACCAUCGGAGAUGCUUACAUGGUGGUAUCGGGUCUACCGAUAAGAAAUAAUGACAGACAUGUUGGAGAAAUCGCAUCGAUGGCGUUGGAGCUGCUGAACGCUGUCAAGAGUCACAAAAUAUCUCACAGACCAAAUGAAAUUUUAAAAUUAAGAAUAGGUAUACACACAGGUGCGGUGGUGGCGGGCGUGGUGGGGCUGACGAUGCCGCGCUACUGCUUGUUCGGCGACACCGUCAACACGGCUUCUCGCAUGGAAUCCAACGGUGAGCCGUUGCGCAUACACAUCUCGCCCAGCUGCAAGCAGGCGCUCGACAAGCUGGGCGGCUACAUCGUGGAGCCGCGAGGGACUAUCCCCAUCAAGGGGAAGGGACAGCUCCAGACGUACUGGUUAGUUGGUGCCACCGAAAAAGCGAUACAGAAGAGGCCGGUGGAGGGCGAGGAGCGCCCCCUGUUCUGUCGGCCCAGGAGAAGUCCUCGUUUAACGGACUCCAGACAUCCUUCGAUUUCGGGUAACUGACUCUGUCUAUACUCUCUAAUACUCUUCGAAUAUAGUCG